CGCGCACUGCAGCCCUCCCACGGCGCCCAUCUCUGGCUGACAGCGUUUUGCGAGAGUGACCCGCUAACACCAUGUCGGCCAUGGCAGAGCUGUCGGAGCUGUACGAAGAGAGCAGUGACCUGCAGAUGGACGUGAUGCCUGGCGAGGGCGACCUUCCGCAGAUGGAGGUAGGCGGGAGCCGGGAGGAAGGCCCCAUGGAGGAGGAGGCCGCGCAGCCGAGGGCGGCGCGCGAGGCGAGGCGCGGCCUGGACCGCCGGCCCGGCCCCGACCCCGGCCCCGGCCCCGACGAGCAGGCCGCGGGCCCGGGCUUCCUGAGCGAGGACGAGGGCGACGACUUUGACGACUGGGAGGACGACUACGACUUCCCCGAAGAGGAGCCCCUGAACCGCGCGGGCUACCGGGUCUCGGCCGCCCUGGAGGAAGCCAACAAGAUGUUUCUGAGAACCUCCCGAGCCGGGGAAGCCGCCCUGGAGGGCGGCUUUCAGAUGCACUACGAGAAGACCCCGUUUGAUCAGUUAGCUUUCAUCGAAGAGCUUUUCUCACUGAUGGUGGUCAAUCGUCUGACCGAAGAGCUCGGUUGUGACGAGAUCAUUGAUAGAGAGUAGUUUCCUUGCUGAUAAAAGAGGAGGGAACGACUUGAGAGAGGGAGCCAUCCGACAUUCCGCUAUCGUUUGGGUUCAUUCCAAAUAGUUCUGUGCAAGAAAAGAACAGUUGGCUUUUGUUUCUCCGAAUAAGAAGGCAAUAGUGACUGCACAGCUGUGAAAAAGGAAAAGAAUCAUAAAAAGAAAGGACCCUUAGGAAAUCUGUUUCCAAGGAUGCCCUAACAUACAAGGUUUUGGCUUUAGAGCUUAUUUUCCUUACGUUGGCAGAUACCUUCCAUAUAUGCUUCGCUAUCAAGAUGUUUUUCCAAGAGUAAAUCAUGGCCAAGACAAACUGCCAAUACACGAAUCUAAUUAUAAAAUAAGAAAAAAUAUGUCCACAAGAGACCUUGAGUUAUUUGGACUGAAUGCCUGUUAAGAAAACUUUCCCAGUUCUUUUUUUUAUGAUCUAAGUCAGAGUGAUUAAUUAGCAAAACCAGUUUAAGGUUGAGCAUUCUUCAUUAUCACAAAAGGUUAAGCAAACUAUGUGUCUAUAUAUGUGUCACAUGUAUUAUUAUCUUAAAAUAUGCUUCCAAGAGCAUAGGAAAAUUUUGUUGUACAUGUGUUUAUAAAUGAUUUAUAAAUUUAUAAAUGAUUUAUAAAGGUACGAUCUAUAAUUCAGGAAAUUUUACUGUGACUUUUUAAAAGUCAAAAUGCCAUUUGUAAAAGUUUAAAUUCAGACAUUUAAGUGUAUGUGAAAGUACAAACUUUCUAACACCUUUCUAUAGUAGGGAAAUUUUGCUUGCUGUUUAACAUGACAGGUGGAAAGACUUUAAACUUCAUAUGUAGGAACUGUUAGUAAAAAUAAUGAGUAAAAAGAAAGCAUAAACAGUUAUGCUAUCAAAUUUUGAAGGUUUGAAACCUGCCCAGAAAUCCUCCUUGGUACCUGAAGUUUCUCUCUCCUCCUCUAAGCUUGUUAUUCUUUAUUCACCAGCAUUGAAAAUAAUAAAAAUUUCUUGUUCUGUGUA